CCAGUCGCUCAGCUCACCUAAUACAAUACAUGGAGAAGAUACAGAGCAAACGUGCGGAGGAGACACCGGAGCUUAACAAACAGGAAUCAGGAUGGUCUAUACGACGGCUUUGUCCUUUGGACACGGAGUGCGCGUCUUGUCUGAAGAAGAAAGUUUCACGAACAUGAUAGGAAAGUACUUCCUCCAGCUCACAUCCCCGGGCGGAAUGGAGAGCUCAGCCCGGCGAGGAAGCGUCGAGAGCUGCGAUGAGCCUGACAACCACUCACCAUUUGCCAACUUGGAUGCUGGUUUGGAGCAUGAAGAGAGACUCCUUCAACAAGAUGUGACCCGUCAGAUAGAGCGAUGUCUGACAGAGGCCAAAGCUUCCACCCUCCACUGCCAGGUUCUGCUGCUGCCUUGCCAAAUGACCACCAGGGUCGGCCAGGACGUGGUGCGCUCCUCGGCAGACGAGCCGUGCGGGCUGCGGGGCGCUUCCGUCAAGGUCUACGUAGAGGGCAAGGAUGGCCUCAAGUCCCUGGGGAGCAUCUCUCCAGACCCGAGCGUCACCCCCACCUUUGAGCUGUCGGUGGUCUUUAAAGCAGUGAAAGAUGACGGCUGGCCGCCUCUCAAGCACCUCUUCGAUACCAGCAAAGUGUUGAAGCUGAGACCAGAGUACCGGCUGGUGAAGAGGAAGCUCUACUCCUCUGCCAGCCCUGUCAUUCAUGAUUUCUACUAGGGCUGAAAUGAAAAACCACUGUUUGUCUUUUCUGUGUGAAUAUUCUUGACCUCAUGUUUUAAAUGUCAGGCUACAUGCACAAGAGUUGGCCUGGCACACACUGGAGUUGAUUGUGUUGUAUUUAAGCUUUAGAGAAGUGGAUGGUGUUCUGUUAUGAUGUAUGAAUGUCUAACUUCAUGCAGGAGGUCAACCUGCUUGUGUUUGUGCACACUGUAACUACUAUGACCACAGUAUUUUGCACAGAUGGGUUGAAUGUUCAAAGUGUACACUGGAAACGUGAAAACUUCUUCUCAGGAAUGGGCGGGUCUCAUUCCCAAAUUGUGCCGUACUUUUGUUAUUAUGGAAAUGUGAAAUAAACAUUUUUUUACACUAA